AUGACAUUCGGCUACGACGAUUACAAUGUCGCCAUAAUAUGUCCUUUAGAGGUAGAGAUGUCGGCCAUGCGAUAUAUGCUUGACGAGGAACAUGUGAGGCUGCCAGGGAAAGACAAUGAUCAUAACAGAUAUAUCCUUGGAAAGUUGGGAAAACACAAUGUCGCAAUUGGUUAUUUACCCCAAGGAUCACAGGGAAUUGGGGCUGCAGCAAUCGUUGCCACGGACAUGAGACGAACAUUCACAUCUAUUCAGCUACGCUUGCUGGUAGGCAUCGGGGGAGGUACUCCCAGCCCGAAGAACGACAUUUACCUUGGCGAUGUGGUGGUGGGUAUGCCGGAUGAUAUUCACGGAGGUGUAGUACAGUAUGAUCUCGGAAAACAGACAGUGGAUGGUUUCAAACGCCAAGGGUUCUUAUGUCCUCCACCGGUUGCUUGGAGAACAGCCGUGGUGGAAAUGCAGUCCGACUAUACAGCCAAGUCGAACAAGAUUUCCGAAUUCAUAUUACAAAUGCUAGAAACGUACCCCAAACUGCGAAAAUAUUCUCGGCCGGCGCCAGAGCUAGAUGUUCUAUUCCCCCCUGACAUUGAACAUCGUCAAGGCGAGUCAACAUGCGAUGACUGCGGCAAGGACAAGGCUAUUUCUCGUCGAGGCGUGACUGAUCCUCAAAUAUUUUAUGGAACGAUCGCAUCCGGAGAUAGCGUCAUCAAAAAUGCAUACGAAAGAGAUGCGCUCAGCACUGCCUCCGGAGGCGCCCUGUGCUUUGAAAUGGAGGCUGCAGGACUGAGUAACGAACUUCCCUGUGUGGUAAUUCGAGGUAUUUGUGAUUAUGCUGAUUCUCACAAGAAUGAUGUGUGGCAUCCUUAUGCUGCGGCGGCCGCCGCGGCGUGCGCGAAGGAACUCCUCACCUGUAUAGACCUGGCUCCCGUACCAACUGUUCCUACACUGAAAUCCUACUAUCUUGUCCCGAGACAGCAAGCGACGAACUUCUUUGGUCGCGAAGAAGAGCUUGUGCAGAUCAGUUCCUUCUUUAACAAGGAAACAGAAACCUCACGAAUUUUAGUUCUCCACGCGAUGGGAGGGCAGGGCAAAACUCAGAUUGCUCUUAAGUAUUGCCACCGAGCACGUAAAAAGUAUCGGGGCAUAUUCUGGAUCAACAGCAGUUUGGCCUCUUCAGCUGCGCAAUCUCUUGUCACCAUCGCCCAUUCUCUCGACGCGUCUGCAGUGGCUGGUUUAAGUAAUGAAGCAAAGGCUGAUUUUGUUCGGCAUACCCUCGAACGAUGGGAUGGUCUCUGGUUGAUGGUGCUUGAUAAUUGUGAUAAUCCGACAUACUUUGAAGACGUAGAGCAUUUCAUUCCACAGGGUGGCAAAGGCAAUGUUCUUUUCACUAGCCGGCAUCAAGGGCUACGUGAGUUGGGACAUCUCAUCGAGAUUCCGCCAAUGCCCAAUGACCCUGGAGUCGCUCUUCUUCUGCAUCGGUAUCGCAACAUCAAUACGAGCCAGUACCAGUUACAGGCAACUCCAAUAGUGAAGCGUCUAGGUGGUCUGGCCUUAGCUCUCGAUCAAGCUUCGGCUUACCUUGAGUAUAAGGGAAUACCCAUUGGCAAUUUGAGUGAUUUUCUCGAACAGUACGAGGAUAAUCGGAAGAAAGUUCUUCAGCACACCGCAGAACACUUUUGGAGAUAUACCAAGAUCAAUGACGCCUAA